CCCUCGCCCGGCGAGUGGCCAAUCCGGGCGGGCGCUGGCGGCGAGCAGGGGCAGAAUGGGCUGUAGUUGAGCGAAAUAGGGAAAGCGGCGAACAGUGUGGAGCGUUCCCGGUGUAAAUAAAAGGGGGGGGCGAAAAAAAAAAAAAAAAAAAAGUUUGUGGAAGUCGCCGCCCUGCAGCCUCGCUCGGGCAGCGGCGCGGGGGCUUGUGCGGUGCGGGAGCCCGGCACGGAGGACUUUAGUGCGCGGCGUUAACACGCUCUGCCUAUUGUUUGUGUUUUUUUUCCAAAAUAUGGCAAAGGUUCAGGUGAACAAUGUAGUGGUGUUGGAUAAUCCUUCUCCUUUCUACAAUCCUUUCCAGUUCGAAAUCACAUUCGAGUGCAUAGAGGACCUGUCUGAAGAUUUGGAAUGGAAAAUAAUUUAUGUGGGUUCAGCUGAAAGUGAAGAGUAUGAUCAGGUGUUAGACUCGGUUUUAGUUGGACCUGUUCCUGCAGGCAGACACAUGUUUGUAUUUCAGGCUGAUGCACCUAACCCAGGGCUUAUUCCAGAUGCAGAUGCAGUAGGUGUAACUGUUGUGCUAAUUACAUGCACUUACCGAGGUCAAGAAUUUAUUAGAGUCGGCUACUAUGUAAACAAUGAAUAUACUGAAACAGAACUGAGAGAGAAUCCACCAGUAAAGCCAGAUUUUUCUAAGCUUCAAAGGAAUAUUUUGGCAUCUAAUCCCAGAGUCACAAGAUUCCACAUUAAUUGGGAGGACAACACUGAAAAACUGGAAGAUGCAGAGAGCAGUAACCCAAACCUACAGUCCUUGCUUUCCACAGAUGCAUUACCUUCAGCAUCAAAGGGGUGGUCAACAUCAGAAAAUUCACUAAAUGUUAUGUUAGAAUCUCAUAUGGACUGCAUGUGACUAACCACCAUCCUUUUGGUACUGUAUAUGUGUUAAACUGUAAAAACAACCAGAACUAUUUCCCUCGAGUUCCAUAAGUGCAUAGUUGAAGCAAUGUGAAGAACUUGUUUUAAAACAUCCUGUAGAAAGUUUAUAAAAAAACAAAACCAAAAAACCCAACAAACAAACAGUAUUUGAGGAGAUUGUGAAAUAUAAAUACAACUAUUUUUAAGUAA